AUGGGGAUCAAGGAUACGUUUGGAAUGGAAGGGAUAAGAAGACUCUUUGAAAGAGGUUCGUUUGUGGAAAAUCCCCUGGGCAAGUCAUUGAUUGUGAAGCAUCUUUCGUCUCUGAAUUCCAAGAGGCAGAUCAAAGGGGCAAGGAGUCUGGUGAGCAGGAUGCAGCGUGGAGAAGAUCUCUUUGAGCUCUGUAAUGAUGUCAUCAAGGCGAUGGACACAAGAGAUCCCGAGCUCAAGAGAAUGCUCAACCUGUAUCUGGUGAAGUAUGUGCAAGGAUGGCCUGCAAAGCAACUGAUAUGUAUCAACACCGUACUGAAGGAUCUUGGAGACGUAAAUAGCGAAAUGCGACAUUGUGCAAUUCAAGAUAGUGGGCUGCUAGGAGACGGAGCAGUGAUCAAAAACUAUGUUAAUCCUCUCAAGGAGCAUGGGGUUAGUGCGCUGCCUGAGACAAGAAGGAAGGUAGCAGACUCAUUGAGGAACUAUUUCAGGAAAGAUCCCCGUUUGUUCCAUGACGAAGACCUUUGCGAUCUACUGAGAGACUUGGUGUUUGACGAGGAUGCAGGUGUGUGUGCAUCUGCACUAAAUAGCGUUCAAGCCAUAGAGAAGGAGACAAGAGUCCUUUCUACCAAAGACAUCUAUAUCCUCUUUGGAAAGGCCAUUAAGACAGGAAACAGGGAAAUCCUUGGAAGUCUUCUGGAAGUGAUGAAUAACAGAGCAGAGGACUUCCUUGAUGCUGCUCCAUUGGUUCCAUUGUUGAGAUCGUGUAGCCUUCGGAUAUUCCGUCAGGCAUCUGAUCUGGCCAUUUCUAUCGAUCCCUCUUACAGGCAAAUUGUGUUUGAUCACCUCAAAGGGUUUCUUAAUUCAAAGGACGAGGAGUUGUAUCUUGUACUUGACUAUGCCGAGUCUCUUCUUGAUCAUGUGAAGUACGACAAUUCAUGCUUUGCCAUCUACCACAGCGACAGGAAAUACAAUAAGAUAAAGAAGCUUAAGAUUCUAUUCAAAAGGCUGGAUAGCAUCUCUGUGUCGGAAAUAAAGAACCAAUGCAGAGAUGAAGAACUUCUUGGAGUGAUUUUGAAGGAGUCUCUUAUUGCAGACUAUCUUAUAGAGGAGCCGUUCAAAUACAUACGCAAGGCAGAUGAAAUAAUAAGAGUUCUGUACAGUGAAGAUGCUAUUUCAGAAAAAUGGUCGGGACUGAUUGAAAAAUUCUUGAUGAGUGCGAGGGAAGUGCAGGAAAGGCAGAAGUAUAUCUAUCUCUGUGGGAGAUAUGUCCACGAGAUUCCUUCAGAAGUUAUAAGAAUCCAAAGUCUGUACAUUCCUUCUCUAGUCAACGAGACGGCCAGGUUUUAUCUUAGCCUCCAUAGAAGAGGAGUGGUAAAUCUGGAAGAGACCCUAGGGCACCUCCGUCUGGUACAGAAGAGCCCAAAGGACAGAAUCCGAGCAGUGAUCAAUGAACUGAAGACCCGGGGAAUAGGAGUGUUUUCAGCAUUUUGUGACAUCAAAAAGCGGGAUCUGAACAGCACUAAAGCCUGUAGAUCUGUUGGGAUAAAGUAUGAGGAAAAGACCACUUCGAUACUCGAUGGCAAGCCAUACUAUGGACUAAGUGAAGAUGGAUUUCUAAGGGAAAAUUCUGGAGAAGCAUUGGAGAAGUUCCGCGAAGAGGAGAAAUCUCUACGUGAAGAAUGCUCUUCUCUUGAAAGAGGAGAGACACAAACAACCGAGCUCUCUUCUGCAGGAGAGAGUAGUCCAUUUCCAGGAAAUGGCUCACAAUGUCCAGCUCUGUUCUUGGGCAAGGAAGACGAGGAAAAUGUUUGGCUGAGGUUUGCUGAAUCUCAUCGUCCUGUUGAAGGUAAGAGGGCCAAAGAGAAGGAAUCCACCAGGCUGAUAGACACCCUUGGGCUAAAAGGGAUUCUUGCCAUUGCUGGUGAAGAGGUUAUACUUCAAGUGGAUGUGCUAGAAAGUCCAUUGGUUAUUUAUUACAGGUGUAAGGGGCGACUCAACAGUAUCAAAAUAGACGGCGAAGGGACUUUUUCUCUUUUCACAAUAGGUCUUCCAGUAAUCAACUCGGAGUUCAGCCUAACAAUAGGAAAGUCCAACUACGAAAUCUACCUGGGAAUCAGAAGCUUGAUGAAUCCAUUUGAGUGCUCGAAGGAUGAGUUUGAAAGGAAAUUCCAUGAGCUCAGAGACCACAUACUCCUAGGGGAAAUCGACACUGGGAAGGCAUAUGCCGUCGACAACCAUCGGUUCUCAUUUUCUGUCCUUGGCUCAAAAUUCUACGGAAAGCAUCUCAAUGGACAGGCAAUCCUCAAAGGCCCGAGGAAGCUGUUGGGACUCUUUUAA